GGGUUAGAGGUGACCAGAGGAGCACCUCAAGAUCAACCUCACCCCCUGCCUCAGCCCCGAGGUCCACCCUAGACCCCCCAUGAAGUGCUCCCUCCCACGAGGUGCCUCAGAGGGCCCCGCCCUGGGGGCAGUCCCCAUAAGCUCAUGCCGGGGUAGGCGGUGUGUCUCAGGUUCUAGGGAGAAUGCCCCCUAGAACCCCCCUCCAGCGGAGGGUCCCGUACCCACACCCAGGUAGUAUCUGGGGAGGCUGGGUCUCUCUCCUGUGUAGUUCUGGCCCAACCCCUCAUGGCUGAGGGAGGGCUGAGGGCUGAGGCCCGAAGGAGGGAAGUCCCUUCACCUGGAAGUGGUAGUCUCAGGGUUGCGGCUAGGACCCAGGUGUGGGGACCUGGAUGCAGCCGUGUCCUGUGUACACCUUGCUGUCCCCGGGCCGCCUCAGGUGAGCUCAGGUGCACAGGGGCAGGCUGCGUGGGCUGGGGGCCCCGCCCUGACCCCCUCCCCUGAGGCAGGCUCCUCUGCGCGGUUUGGGGCAGAGCAGGCGGGCAGAGCGGGCAGAGCGGGGAAGCCCCUGGCUGGCGCAUGCCUGUCGCCUGCCGUCGGAGGGCCCAGCAAGGCACCGAGAGCCAUGGAGUUGCGGCUGGGGGGCUACACGGCAGUGGCGGCUGCGAAGAGGAACGGUCUGUUCUGUUGCAAGGGCUGUCCAGCAGGGCACUACCUGAAGGCCCCCUGCCCAAAGCCUUGCGGAACCGCCACCUGCCUUCCGUGCCCCCGGGGCACCUUCCUGGCCAGGGACAACCAUCAUGAGACCCGCUGUACCCGCUGCCAGGCCUGUGAUGAGGAGGUCUCCCAGGUGGCCCUGACGAACUGCUCAACGGUGGCAGACACCCACUGUGGCUGUGAGCCAGGCUGGUUCCCAGAGUGCUUGGUCAAGUCUUGCAAGAUCAGCUCACCCUUCCGCUGCCACCCAUGCUCAGACUGCAGGGCCCUGCACCGCCACACACGGGUGCCCUGUUCUGCCAGAGAUACCGACUGUGGGACCUGCCUGCCUGGCUUCUACGAAUAUGGCAACAGCUGCAUGCCCUGCCCCACGAGCACCCUCGGGAGCUGUCCUGAGCCCUGUGUGACUAUUUGUGGCUGGAGGCAGAUGUUUUGGGUCCAGGUGCUCCUGGCUGGCCUGGUGGUCCCACUCCUGCUUGGUGCUAUGCUGACCUACACUUACCAUCGCUGCCAGACUUGCAAGCCCACGGUUGCUAAUGAAGCUGGGACGGAGGCCCUGACUCCCCUACAGGCCACCCACCUCUCACCCAGGGACAGCACCCACACCCUUCUAGCGCCACUCAGCAGUAGUGAGAAGGUCCACACCGUCCAGUUGGUAGGCAACGGCUGGACCCCUGGCUCCCCCCAGACCCAGGAGGUGCCCUGCCCGGAGGUGGCAUGGUCCUGGGACCAGCGGCACAGCAGAGCUCUUGGCCCGCCGCCGCCGCUUUCGCCAGCGCCCCCUGCAGGCUCGGCGGCCGCCACGCUCCAGCCCGGCUCGCAGCUCUACGACGUGAUGGACGCGGUGCCGGCGCGCCGCUGGAAGGAAUUCGUGCGCACCCUGGGCCUGCGCGAGGCGGAGAUCGAGGCCGUGGAGGUGGAGGUCGGCCGCUUCCGCGACCAGCAGUACGAGAUGCUCAAGCGCUGGCGUCAGCAGCAGCCCGCGGGCCUGGGCGCCGUCUACGCGGCGCUGGAGCGCAUGGGGCUGGACGGCUGCGCCGAGGACCUGCGCAGCCGCUUGCAGCGCGGCCCGUGACGCAGGGCCCCCGCCGCCGCCUCCGGGCUCCGGCGGCCCCUGCAGAAGCCCUAAGUACGGUUACUUAUGCGUGUAGACAUCUUAUGUCACUUAUUAAGCUCCUGGCACGGCCCUGCGUAGCAGCGCCGGCCACCCUCCCCGCUGCGCGCCCCCAGGCUUCUGGGUGGGGCAAAGAAGCGUGGACGGAUAUCGGGAGGGGGCAGGAGACCGCUCAGCAGUUUCUGGGCCUGAGCUCCGUGAGGCCUUGGUAUUAAAUCUGUGAAGAAGAGCUACUGCUUGGUGUUUUCGCGAGGCUGUGGUGUUAAGUGGCCCGGGCUUGGUUUCCUGGGGCCGUCGAAAGGGGGGCCGGAAGUCUUGUCACCCCAGG